UUUUUUUUUUUUUUCGUGCUUAUAUAUUAUUUCAAAAGAUUUCUUGUAGUAUUUUUCCCAAACAUACUUAAUUUUUAAAAAUCUUUACCAUCUUUUCUUUUAAUCAUGUCAAAGAUUGACAUUUUCAGGCCUAAUCUUUACAAUUUCAAGCUAGAUUUUGAACAAUUUAUUCAUGAUAAGAUCAUACCUCAGAAAAAAGUUGAACAAUCACAUGAUGCAAUAAAAAAACGACGAAGCGCUAAUGAUAUCGUGUGUAAACAUUGGUUAAUUGGAUCAUGUUUUCGUAUUAAUUGUCCUUAUUUGCACUCUUACGAAUUCGAUCAUAUGCCAUUAUGUCCUACUUUGAAGAAAUUUGGAUCAUGUAACAGAGAAGUUUGUGUAUUUUCUCAUAGUCAGAGUAUUAACAGUAAUAAAUCUCGAAAAGAAUGUCGAUCUUAUAAACGUGGAUUUUGUAAAUACGGAUCAACUUGCAAAUAUAAGCAUACACGUCGUGUUUUAUGUGAUCUUUACUUGACAGGAUUUUGUACGCGGGGACCAACAUGUUCAAACGCACAUCCAAGGCACUUUACCAAUUCUCUAAAAUACAGAAACACACGUAAAAGCAUGGUAAUAAGCUUACCAAAUUAAUUAUAAAGAUUAUAAAAAGGCCAAACUAUUUCUUUUUCACAUAAUCAAAAGCAUAAAAAUUUUGGA